AACAAGAAACAUCAACAGUCACAAACCGAGUUCCUCUCUCUCCCCCAUAUUCCACACCGCGUCAAAGCUUGAGCUUUUACACACACCCUUCGACACACAGAAGCUUCUUGUCUCUUUCUCUUUGAUUUGCACCAGCGAGCACUAGUCUCUUGUUCCUCUUCUUUCUUCACAAUGUCGUGGCAAGCUUACGUUGAUACCAGCUUGGUUGGCACCGGCCAUGUUGACAAGGCCGCCAUCAUCAGCAUCGCUGGCGACAGCGCGUGGGCGUCCACUGCCGGUUUCACCCUCUCCGCUACCGAAAUGAAGGUCAUCGCAGAUAUUGUCAAGGGCGACAAGACCGUGACGGACAAGGCCUUCGCCGACGGUCUCUUCAUUGGCGGCGAAAGAUACGUCAUGGCCCGUGCCGAGGAUGGAGCUAUCUACGCGCGCAAGGGCAAGGAGGGCAUCGCCGUCGCCAAAUCCACCCAGGCCGUUCUUCUCGGUCACCACAGCGAGGUCCAGCAGGCCGGUAACGCUACACAGGCGGUGCAGAAGCUGGCGGACUACCUCGUUAGUGUGGGCUACUAAACAACCAUCGUGGAGUGGAUUGGCGCAAAGGGAGGCGGGGUGGGGGUGGGGUUGUUUUUUAAGGCAUCCCUGAAGAGCUGUGAUGUGUGCGAGGCAGGCUGGGCAGCUCGCUCCCGCACAUAGCCACACACGAGGAUUUGACACAUGAAUUCGACGAACACUAGAUUAGCAAGAGUUACCAAUGGC